AUGGCCCAGUCCGCAGCAAGGCCGACAAUUGACGAGGUUACCGGCAGUGUAUUCGCCCAGAUCGCCUCGAGGACCUGGAACACCUCGAAGAGUCGCAAGUUCAAUGCUGCGGCCGUCGAAGAAAUCUACUCGGAACUGACUGCAACAGCGUUUGCGCCCAAGUCCUUCUAUAUCCUCGACCAACUGUCUUGUCUGGAGAAGUUCUUGUGGCCGAACUUCAGCGAUGAUGCAUCUGACAAGCAUGCUAUUGUCACUGCAGCACUGAUAGCGAUCAGAGCUACCGAAUGCCUGGAUGUGUGGAAGCAGAUCCUUGAGGAUGCGGAUCAGUUCAGCAUCUUCUUCAGACGAGUCACCUCGUUAAUGAUGCCAACUUCAAGCGACUUCAAGAGUCGGUACUGGUUGUUGACGUUCGUGAUUGCUGCCUUCAGAUCUCUCGACAACGCUACUAUCCGCAAGUCAUGCGCACCACUUGUGUCGGUAUCUGUCCUGCAACUCCUAUCAUCGUCAGAGAAACGAGACGCACACUUCGCAAAAUACCCACAGCAUGCCAAGGCAUGGAGAACAGCGAAGAAGAAACUUGAUUCUGCAGAUGUGGCAGGAAAGGCGCAGUUGCAUUUUGAGAGAAGCUGGUUGAUCAGCGUAUUAUUUGAGUUCUUGCAGCUACUGCAGCAGGGGGACGCGGAGACAGAUGUCGCCCUGUACUGCGAGCGCUUUGUGGAGUUCCUGGUGGAGCUGGCAUCCGUCUUACCAACACGACGUUACCUUAAUGUGGUCUUGGCCGAUGUCCACCUGCUUGUAGCCAUCAAAACAUCUCCACACUACAAAUCUGGUGGGCUGAGCAAGGAUCUGAUAUCUCUGCUUGAUUACUAUGUGCACUUUCCAAUUGAUGACAAUACCGGCAUUGCCCUAACAGCACAAGAGCAGGAGUCUUUGCGUCACGGUAAGCUUCAGGCUCUUCAGCGUGUAGCGUUUCAGAAGUAUCCGGAGUCGCUGAAACUGCUUUCACUUGCGAACUUUGGAGCGCUAAAUACGGAGUCCGAGAUCCUCGAGCACUUCGAGGGUUUGAGUCACGACGAUACCGUUGAACUCUGCUCAUCAUUAGGUUUCCGGACACAGUACCCGGCAAAUGUAAAAAUCAACGUCGACCGUAAGUUUCUGAUGGAGGUAUUGGUGAACCAGUACAAGAUGCGGAAGAGCUUGGAAGAGCGGGUUAUGGAUAUGCCAGUCAUGCCGACGGAGAAAUCCUUGUUCGAUCAUGAUAUUGUGCAGGACGAGAUGCGCAGUGUUUCUCUUCCGCGCCUUGGACUACAAUAUCUUACUAUCAAAGAUUUCUUAUGGCGGUGCUUCCGGCUUUCUCGCGCUGAGGGAAUGCUCGGUUUCCGCAAACACAUCGACGCCGCUGUUCGCCGACUGGAGCCAUAUGGUCACGGUGCUGAAGUGAAGUUCAACGGCUCAUCGAAAUGGGCAACUCCCAUUGCUAAGCCCGCGAUUCUUGAGGUAGUCCCUCCGGCUGUUGGCGAAGAUGCGCCGUCCUCUGUCAAGGCUGAGAUCCGUAUCGAUCUUGGGCGGAUGUCGGACGCCGCUCGUGAUGGCUGGGAAUCAUUGCAGGUAGGAGGCCUGGUCUUUCUUCUCGUUGUAAAGAGCGGCCGGAAAGGCCGAGAUCCUUCUGUGCAGUAUGUGCGAACUGCGGAGGUGAUGGAAAUCACCGACCAACAGGGCCGACCCAUCCGUGAAUCUGGCGUUCAAAAACCUUCGAUCCGCUUGCUUCUAGAUACGAAACAGUUCAAACAUGAUCACGACGAUGGUGAUGAGGCUGUGUACGAUGCAAUCAAUGUUGUUGUUCGUGGAAAAACAUCCUCGAGCACCUUCAAGCCAGUACUGGAGAAUAUCAAGGCUCUGAUACAAGGGGAGGACCCCAUUCCGGACUGGCUUGCGAAUGUGUUCCUUGGCUACGGUGACCCGAACAGCGCUCACUACAGAAAUCUUGACGGGCGACCAGAAGCAUUGAACGUUCAUGACACUUUCCUAGACUGGAAUCACAUCGUGGAGUCAUUCCAGGGCAAGAAGGUUAUACCUGCUGCGGGUACAGAAGAGGGAGCUUCAAGACCGUACAUCAUUCGUGAGAAGCUUCCGUCUCCAGCUGUUACGAAGACUUCUAAGAAGCGUUCCCGUGCUGAAGCUGAAGGACAGGCGGAGGCAACUGAGGCAACCAUUGAGGUUGAGUCGUACAAACUGGAGAGUCGCGGUCCCUUUCCUACCGAGCAGCGUCGUUUCAACAGCAGACAACACUCGCCAGCUCAAGUCGAAGCGAUCACCUCGGGUACGAAUCCGGGCCUGACGGUUGUCAGCUGCCCACCCGGCACAGGUGAUGCUCAUGUCGCAGCGCAAGUUGCCAGCAACAUCUAUCAGGCUUUCCCUCAAGAACGCACGGUGAUAGUCGCCAAGAACAAGGGGGUGCUUAACCGUAUCUUUGAGAACCUGGCUGCCCUGGAUAUCGCCAACCGCCAUCUGCUCCGAUUUGACAGUGACGAUGCGGAUGUGGCGCCAGGCAAGGUUGGGCGGGUGGAGUACCUCGCCGAAAGACGGAUGCAGUUGCUUUCAGAAGUUCAACGUCUUGCGUACGCAAUGAACGCUCCGGGAGCGCACGGAAAUUCCUGCGAAACAGCCAGUUACUUUGCCGAUGUUUACGUCAAACCCGCUUGGCGAAAAUUCAAGAACCAGAUUUCGGCCGCCAGUGAUGCAGCAGCCGUAUCAGCAGCGUUUCCCUUCCAUGCAUUCUUCGCAUAUGCUCCUCAGCCGUUGUUCUCUGAUGCGUCCAUUAAGGAGAAUAUUUCGGUCGCUGAGGAUUGCUACAAGCACAUGCAGAACCUCUUCGAAGAGCUUGGAGGCCUUAGGCCACUUGAACUUUUGAAGAGGCGGAAGGACAAAUUGGAUUACCUUUUGACCAAGGAAGCCCGCAUCAUAGCUCUGACUUCAGAGCAGGCUAUUACCAAAUGCAAGGAGUUCAUUGAAAUGGGCUUCCGUUAUGACAGUGUCAUCAUCCCAGACUGUGCCUACAUGUCAGAACUGGAAGCGUUUAGUACGCUCGCCCUGCAGUCUCAGAGCAACGGUGUCAAUCAAAUUAAGAGAUUGAUCUUGCUCGGAGACGACAAACGUGCCGUGUCUGUCGUGCAAGAUCUUCCUACCCAGGUGAACUUCAACCAAAGUCUCUUCAGCCGCCUGAUGAGACUUGGUGUUCCCGUGGUACACCUGGACAAGCAGAGUCGUACAAGGUUCCCAGAAUUGUUUUCUUGGAGAUACCAUGGCAUUGAGGACAGUUCGACCAUCAAAGAAUCACCCGAAUUUUCUACAGCAAAUGCCGGUUUCCGCUACGACUAUCAGCUUGUCCAUGUUGCAGACUACAAGGAAGAAGGCGAGGUCGAAUCAACUCCCGGCUCCUUCCAAAACCUUGGAGAAGCCGAAUAUGCAGUCGCUAUCUUCCAAUAUAUGCGUCUGCUUGGAUACCCAGCGCAGAAGAUCACCAUCUUGUCUGCGUAUACCGGGCAGCAGGCACUUAUCAACGGCGUCCUCGAUCAGCGUUGCACUAGGAAUCCACUAUACGGUGUACCCGCUAGAGUAGCAACGAUUGAUGAACUCCACGGAGAACACAACGACUAUGUCAUCUUCUCUUCCGUGCGCACCAAGGAAGUCGACAUGCUUCGCGAUGCUCGCCGUAUGACUGCAGUAAUGUCAUCCGCAAGGCUGGGCCUGUAUGUACUGGGUCGUCAGGAACUCUUCCAGUUAUGCCGUGAUAUCAAGCCCACGACUGAUCUGCUGCUGGCGCGGCCAACUAAGCUCCAGCUUGUUACUGGAGAGAUGUACCCUACGAAGCGCGAGGUCGGUGCUGAGGCAAGCGCAGUGGAGAUGGAGGGUGUGGAGCAUCUGGGAGCAUUUGUGUACGAAAUGAGCAAGAAGGUAGUUGAGCAGUUAAAGGCCGAGCGCAUGGCGUAG